AUGGGGCACCUAGCCAAUUCUGCUGAUGUGCGUGCCUCCAGACUAGAGCUUGCGGUUCCUGGGAUCAUUGAGAGAGCUCUCACCACUACUUUGAUAGCUCUUAGAUAUUCUAUUGAUCCCCUCACGACAAGUAUAUUGGUGUGUGAGAUAGGUCAAGGACCCACUCAUGAGGUGAUGGUCUUAAAGGCCGCGAUUGCAGAGUUGAGGAAAGAUGUGGACCAACUGAUGUCCACUAAUAUGUCGAUGAUUUUUGGGACCGUGGAGAUCCCUGAAGACUUGGGCACAUAUAUUCCGGUCUAUUCUGAUGUGCCCCCGGCUCCCACCGAAGAUGAGGUUAGAUCUAAUGAUGUCGUUACUGAGUUUGACGCCGAGACUAUUGAGGAGCAGCAUGGCUCUAGUGGAGGUAAUGAGGAUGAGACACAGGGCACUGAUGCCCAGCCCAGAGUGUGA